UGCCUUUUCUGUCUGUUCAGGUGUAAGAUGCCUGAAGGUAAUGUUUGCCACAGGCAGUAGCUAUUAAUCUUUGACUAUAUUUUUAAAGAAAUUAUGGUAAUUUUAUGUUACUUUCUUAAAAAAAAAGUUAUCUCCUACUCUCAAUAUGAUCAUCUUGGAAAUAUUUGCUGACUUUAUUUUCAUGUUCUUCUUAAAAGCACUCUGUCCUUGCCCAGGGAAAUCUGUAGAUAUUAAGUUUGGUGUUUGAAAUGUGCACUUUGGCAGACCUCCAUUUAAAGGUGUAUUUUUUUUUUUAAUGAAAGAUAAAGAGUAGCUGAUUAUACUUACACAAACCCCAGAGGAAAUGGAUUCUGUAGAUGGUAACUAAAGUGGAGCUGGGAAAGCUCAAGUUUCUGCCUCCCUCCAACUUCUGCUCUCUGAUAAUUACCAACUAAGACUAUCAAGAAUAUUUUGUUUGAUGAUCCAGCAAAACGUCUGGUAAGGGAGGAGAAAGAAGGGCAGGGCACUUCCCACGAGGGUAGGGGAAGGAGAUUCCGUAAGCUUUCCCGGGUGAUUAGAGCUGGGGAAGUUGAUCUCUUUUCAUGCUGUGGAUGUGGUGCGCUGCAGUCACGCCUCCCGCUGCCAGCCCGGCACCGGGAUCCUAAUCAGUCACUAUGAAAACUCAUUAGCUCCACAGCAAUGAGUCCUCCACUGCUGAAGCUUGGCGCUGUGCUUAGUACCAUGGCAAUGAUCUCAAACUGGAUGUCCCAAACUCUCCCAACCUUGGUGGGACUGAACACCACGAGGCUGUCAACGCCGGAUACCUUAACUCAGAUUAGUCCUAAAGAAGGGUGGCAGGUGUACAGCUCAGCUCAGGAUCCUGAUGGGCGGUGUAUUUGCACAGUUGUUGCUCCGGAACAAAACCUGUGUUCCCGGGAUGCCAAAAGCAGGCAACUUCGCCAAUUACUGGAAAAGGUUCAGAACAUGUCCCAGUCUAUUGAGGUCUUAAACUUGAGAACUCAGAGAGAUUUCCAAUAUGUUUUAAAAAUGGAAACCCAAAUGAAAGGCCUGAAGGCAAAGUUUCGGCAGAUUGAAGAUGAUCGCAAGACACUUAUGACCAAGCAUUUUCAGGAGUUGAAAGAGAAAAUGGAUGAGCUCCUGCCCUUGAUCCCCGUGCUGGAACAGUAUAAAACAGAUGCUAAGUUAAUCACCCAGUUCAAGGAGGAAAUCCGGAAUCUGUCUGCUGUCCUCACUGGAAUUCAGGAGGAAAUUGGUGCCUAUGACUAUGAGGAGCUACAUCAAAGAGUGCUGAGCUUGGAAACCAGACUUCGUGACUGCAUGAAAAAACUAACAUGUGGCAAACUGAUGAAAAUCACGGGCCCAAUUACGGUCAAGACAUCUGGAACCCGAUUUGGUGCUUGGAUGACAGAUCCUUUAGCAUCUGAAAAAAACAACAGAGUCUGGUACAUGGACAGUUAUACUAACAAUAAAAUUGUUCGUGAAUACAAAUCAAUUGCAGACUUUGUCAGUGGGGCUGAAUCAAGGACAUACAACCUUCCUUUCAAGUGGGCAGGAACUAACCAUGUUGUCUACAAUGGCUCACUCUAUUUUAACAAGUAUCAGAGUAAUAUCAUCAUCAAAUACAGCUUUGAUAUGGGGAGAGUGCUUGCCCAACGAAGCCUGGAGUAUGCUGGUUUUCAUAAUGUUUACCCCUACACCUGGGGUGGAUUCUCUGACAUCGACCUAAUGGCUGAUGAAAUCGGGCUGUGGGCUGUGUAUGCAACUAACCAGAAUGCAGGUAAUAUUGUCAUCAGCCAACUUAACCAAGAUACCUUGGAGGUGAUGAAGAGCUGGAGCACUGGCUACCCCAAGAGAAGUGCAGGGGAAUCUUUCAUGAUCUGUGGGACACUGUAUGUCACCAACUCCCACUUAACUGGAGCCAAGGUGUAUUAUUCCUAUUCCACCAAAACCUCCACAUAUGAGUACACAGACAUUCCCUUCCAUAACCAAUACUUUCACAUAUCCAUGCUUGACUACAAUGCAAGAGAUCGAGCUCUUUAUGCCUGGAACAACGGCCACCAGGUCCUGUUCAAUGUCACCCUUUUCCAUAUCAUCAAGACAGAGGAUGACACAUAGGCAAAUGUUUUCAUUGAUCUAAACAGUGUAAUUUGUGAUAAACUCUAUAGGACCCCUUCUGUCUUUAUUAUUAUUUUUCAUCAUUUCUCCAAAGCAAAGCAUUUUUUAUUGUAAAGUUGGUGUUUCAAAAAAUAGCUGAGCUUGUCUAACUUACCAUGUUGGAAACACAUCUUAACUUCUAAAUCUGCAAGGCUUAUCAUGUCCUUGUCAUAUAAAGCACUAAAAAAAGAGUUUAAGUGGCUAAAGUCAUAGUUUUGCAAGAGAUUAAUGAUCUGCCUUAUAUUAGAGUCAGAGACUAAUGGCGGCUUAAAUGCAUGAAUGUCUUUUUUUCAACUGUCAUUUUUUUCUGUCUUUUGCUCCACAUCAGGAAAUAUUUUGGUAGGAAUUAGAAGAACAAAAAGCACUUUUACCCCAUAUAUUUCUUUUAAAAAAGUAAGGAUUUCAUUUAUAUUGAAAAAUAACAUUAAUCAUUUUGCUGUUAACACAAUUCUCUGAUGCGGUGCUGUACAGUCAUUUUUAAAUCUCUUGCUAACAAUUUAAUGGCAGUAUGUAUUUCUACCAUUGUAACCACCAUUGUGCUAUUGUAUCUCUUCACUUCUGUGAAAGUAAUAUUUUUUAUAAAAUACACUGAAAUUUAAUCUCAGUAAAUGAGUCCAUUUUCAAGUGUGGUCAAGAAGAAUUUUCUUGGCUUACCCCUUUACGUAAGCAUUAUGACCUAAAAUGAAAACCAAACCAGAUACCUUACAUAGUGUCUUUAUUUUACUCCAUGUUUAUUGGGCCACUGACAUUGAAGGCAAAACCUAAUUUCGUACACCUGAGUUACUCUGUUUACUCCACUGAAUGCAACACAUACAGUUUCUCGAACAAGAUGCAGCUGGAUUCUAAAUAUUGGAUUUGAGUUGACUCUACUCAUAUAUUACAUGCACUAAACAAAUUUUGCUCUUCAUAGUUAAAUGUACAAGUAUUUAAUUUAUAUUUUACAUACAACUUGCAAUAAUGAAAUUCCUUAUAUUAGAACCCUGAAAAGUACAUAAGCACAUUUGAAAACUCUAAGAAAAGAAAAUUUCUGUAAUGUCCUCUAGAUUUACAUUAUGAGCCCUCAGGAGUUAUUGGCAAGAUUUGUGCAAAAGAAAAUGAUGGGGAGAUCUGGGAGUUGUCUUUGUGAUUUCAAAAGUUUAAAUAAUCAAUUCAGAAAACAAAAUGGAAAAGCAACCCUUUGCUACCUUGAUUCACUGUAUGAGGAAAAAUAAUGUAACCCAAAGAAAGGACAUUUACUAAUACUUAUGUUAAUAAUUCUAUAAACAUAUAUGGAAACUAACAAUUUAAAAAGUAUAUUCUAUAAUAAAUAAUAUAACAAAUUAUUUUAAAUGAUUAGUUUCACACAUACAUACUACCACUAUUUUCUUUGAAAGAUAAGGAUGUAAUAAUUUAGAUCAAGCAUCAUGUAAAGAAAUUCUAAUAUUUUAAUGUAAUUUAUUUGAAAUGUUAGAAGUAAAGCAUCAUCCUCAAAUAUCUCACUGUCGAAAUUGUAGAAUUAAAUAACCCAAUCUUGAAACUGUCAAGGUUUAACAAAGGUUUCUUUUUUUGCCUACAAAAACUUAGCAUGAUUUAAUGACUAUUCUGGGUCCUUUUGCAAUAUUUUAUUCUUUUUUUUACAAGUUUACAUAAGCUCUAGUUUGCUAUUGGGAGUUGGAAAAUUUAGGAGAUUCACUUGUCAUUGUACACACACAACAAAAAUAAUCAGUCUAUGUUCCAUAUAUUGAGUUUGUAUGAGGAAAAAAAGUCACUUUAAUUUUCAAAAUGAAUGAAUUUUUGAGUAGACAGCCUCCAAUAGAUAUCUGGAUCUUCAUUAUUUGUUUUUUUUUUUUAAAUGAUGUUAUAUGGCACCAUAUACAUUCAAAAUUUGGGUGAUCGCAGCUUAUUCAUGAGGUAUGAAGCUUGCAAAGCACUUUAUUGUUUUCUAAGUGAGAUUUUAUCACCAUUUCCACUUUGUAGUGUAUGUGCUUCUAGAGCAAGCACAAAUUUUAUUAUUGUCACUAGAAGUGGGGUAACAUGAGUUUAAAAAUGUGAUAAUCAUUGAACAUUUACAGAUUAAAAGCAUUUUUCAUAAUAAAUUAUUAUGAGUUUUGUGCCUGAAAUAAAUAAGAACUUACUCUAUUCAGUGUUUUUUUAAUCUCCAACAAAUAAAUCUUCUGAGGGAAAUAAUAAGUAUUUUUAAAUCACGCACAUAAUCAAAGCAUUGGAGAAAUCCAAGCUAAGAAGGCUUAAUCCUAACUGAACUAUGUAACUGAUAUUUUCUGAAUUAACCAGAUCAGUAACAAGCUUUCAUAUCACUCAAAUAAUAACAUGUUCAUGGUCUGAUUGUGUUUGUGUGUUAUUUGUGGCGCUUGAAUCACAAUGCUUAUUACUUGCACCUGAACUUAUAUCUACAACUUCAGAAAAUGGUAGUAUUUCACUAUGUUUCCAAUAUGUAGAGAUAAAAGAAAAAAUAACGGCAGAUGUGUUAUAUAAAUAGAAUUAUGAUUAGUUAAGUUUCAUCACAAACUCAGAAUCUCUGAUUCCUGUCUCCAUACACAUGGAGUCAUUUCACCUUUGUAGUCAUAGUACUCUCUCUGACGAAAUCUUAUCUUCAGAAAAUAAUGCUAAUUUCUUAUUGUUUCUUAUUCUUAGUAAGAAACAAGUUUUUGUAUCUUAAAAUCAUUACCAAAUUUAGAUGUAUGAAUUUUUCAACCAGCAAAAUUAUUUUUAAAAUGUAACUAUAUAUAAAAUUAUGCUUAUGUUCCUUUCCAUCUAAAACCAAUUAUUUCCCUAUUAAGGUAAGUUUUACAUGUAAUAGUCCUACAAUGUUAUUCUCCUUAAAGAAUAAUUUACAGAAAAAAAUUUAAAAACUUAUCUGAUCACUUCAGCCAUUACAGAGCAUAUAAAAGCCUAGCUUUAUAGAAAUACGAUACUUUGGAAAACAGAAUAAAAAAUGUCAUCUUGUUGACUUGAUGGAGUAGUUAUAUUUUUUAUUGUGCUCUGUGUGAUAAAGUUCCCAUGAUAUGAUCAAAGGAUGGAUACUCAUUUGAAGACACAGCAAGAAGGAAUCAUCUAUGAAGCUGAAAAAGGGCCCUUGCAGACACAGAAAUUAUUGGCACCUUGAGCUGGUACUUCUCAGCCUCUAGAACUGCAAAAUACAUUUCUGUUGUUUAUGGGCUAAAAAAAAAAAUGGACAUACAGAGACAAAGUGUACGUUACUUUCUCCAUCAUCAGAUGAUAAGUAGAAUGUUCUGAGCUACUACGAAAUAGUCUACCUAGUGUUCUAGGCAGGAAGCAUGAAUUAUAUGUGGAUGCUAUGGGACGAAACAAACCCUUCAUUAAUUAAUGCUUAUAGCGUUAAACAGUUAUUUAUAAAAAGGCCAGGAGUCAUAAAUAUCAUUCAGUUCAGCAAGGAGUACGCAUGCUGAAAUCAGGAUUAUAGAAUCAUUUCUCGUUCUAAAAGUUAACUAAACUUAGCAUAAAACUAUUAGCUAAAAUUUUGCCAUCAUUAGGGGCUUCAGAGAAAGUCUGGGACUUAACAAAAUCUGUUAUUUUGAAUUGUUGGAUUUAUACUAGAAAGUAAAAUAAUGACAGCAUUAACUUACGGAAGAAAAACAACAUCAUGAACAUUUCUUUCCUUAUCUUUCUAAGAAAUGAUGAAUGUGAAUCUUGAAAAUCUCUUGAAUAAAGAAUAGAAAGCUAUUUGCUCUACUAUUUAGCCAAUCAAGAAAAAAUGCUUCCCUCAUCUGAUUUUACCAAGCUGAUUUAUCUGACUUACAUCUUAAAAUUAUGUUAUGCAGUUUUUCUCUUUUGGUUGAUCUAUUCCAUCAGGUUUAGUGGAAUUUUAAUCCUGUUUGGAGUCUGCCUUGUCUCCCAAAUGUCAAACUGGUUGGCAUAAAAAUUACUUCCUUUGAAGCUCAGUUUAUCAAGUGCCAAAUAGGUUUUACAGCUAUAAAUUAUUAUUAAACAUGACUUAAAAGUGACAUAUAAGACAGGAACAAAGUUGUGGAACCUUGCUAAGAGGAUACAAUAACUUUUAUAUUUUAUAUCUGUGACAAUAUUAAAAUAUAAUUUAAACAUAUGUAUUCCUAGUUAAAGAUAUGAAGUGAUAUGGUGAACAUGGAAAAGUUCUCAAGAAUAUUUCAGUGCCCUGAAAAGUUUGCUAUCAAACCACACAUAUAUACACAGUUCAGUUUCAUGUUUCAUCCCUAUCAAGGUUAUAUUAUGCCUGAAAGAGCUUGCAGCUGUUUUUUAUAAAUGACAAAACUAGUGCCAUAAGAUGUAUUCUCUACCACAAUUCGGACUUGGAAACAUUGCAUAUAAAUGGGCGUUUUAAGAAAAUUAAUAUUUUGUGACAAAAAAAAUUAAAUGGAGCAAGAAAUGAGAUGAAAAAAAAGAAACAUUGACCAUUUAAGUAUGUUCUGGAAGCUUAUCAUGCUGCAGUAAUGCAUUUCCAGCCAGCUGUUCGUCAUUAUCAUUCUUGACUUAACAUGAAUUCAUAUAUAUUGCCAGUGGGUAGUUAGCCAACUUUACAACCAGAUACUACUGCAUUAUGUAUUCCCAGACAGCAUUCUAAAUGGUAGGGAUAUAGCUGUCAACAGACAAAUAAGUUGUUCAUGUGCUUACAUUCUAAUGGGAAUAGGCUGCAACAAAAAAAAUCAAUAAAAAAUAAGUUUUAGUUUUAUUAAUUGCUGUGAAAAAAUAAAAAAAUCUAUAUGAUAAAGAAUGACUGGGUGUUGCUAGGAGCACAGUGGGAUAAAAGACAAUGUAUAGAGGUUAUGUCAAGGGAGAUCUCCUUUAGAAGAAGCCUGCCAUGGUAAAUUCAUUCAAAGAAUGAAACGUCAUCACCUGAUCCAUGUAAAAUAAUUUGUGCUCUUUAUUUCUGUUCUUAGAAAUCCAUGGACCAAAUAUUCCUAAUAUUUCUCAGUUACAGAAAUUUUUUUUAACUUGAAGUCCAAAAAUACCCUUUAGGAAACAGUUGAACCCCCUGAAAAUAUAUGCUAAAUUUAAUGUAUAUAUUUGGUUGUACAUUCUUUCUGGUAGAGGAUUUCCAGUUUUCAUCAGAUUUCCAAAGAAAUCUGCAUCCCGGAAUACCACUACUAUGUCAAUUUAAUCUAAUUUAAUCCCAAAUUUAUUAAAUAUCCUCAUAACAAGCACUGAAUGGCUGUCACCUUUCUUGCAAUCCUCAAGAACUUCAGUUUGAUUCAGAAAGAAAUCAACAUCCUAGUAUCAGUAAUUUUUGGUGUUUUGUUUUCAUAAGAAUUCAAGAUAAACUUGCUCCCUGUAUAACCUCGGAGGAGAUUAUAUAUAUAUGACUGAAUCCAGUUAUUUUUCUGUGCUACAGCCUUUCAGGCACGUUCUUGCUAGAUUUGGUGACGCAAGAAUCUCUAUUAUGAGGCCUGUCCUACAUCUAUUUGAGCCUGGAGAACAUUGUCUUAUAAUGCUAAUGCAGCCUUUUGGCAGGACCAUUAGACUCAAUGGAAUUGAGCAGAUGCAGUGUGCUUCAUCAAAUUUAACUGCACACUCCUCUUCUGAAAUUAGCUACUGCAGCAACAUAUAAACAGCAAAGAGAAAGCUUUUUAACACUUGCUAUGGUUUAGAAACUAUAGUAGUUGAUGUGCACGUAAUCUACAGCUUCAGAAUUUAAAAAAAUGUUCUUACUUAAAAAAAAAAAAAAAAAACUAGUCACACGCCUAUACAGUCAUGCUGAUUACAGAAUUGAGGCUGUUUCCAUCGGUGAUGUUUACUUGGACUUUUUCUCACAAAGGACUUGAGAAGCUUACCUGUUAGCUUCUAUUUCAAUGUGAACAAAAAUAAUAAAAAUAAGUAUUUUCAUUCUC